CUCUUGGUUAAGGAAACACCAUUUUUCUUUGAUGAUGAUUGUAUGAAUGCUUUUCAAUUGUUGAAAGAGAAACUGGUUAAUGCUCCUAUUGUUGUUGCACCUUGUUGGGAUUAGCCUUUUGAGAUAAUGUGUGAUGCUAGUAAUGAUGCUUUAGGUGCAGUUUUGGGACAAAGGAAAGAUAGGAAAUUUCACACCAUUUAUUAUGCAAGUAGAACAAUGAAUGAUGCUAAAAAAAAUUACACUACUACUAAAAAAGAGUUGCUUGCUGUGGUGUUUGCUUUUGAAAAGUUUAGGCCUUAUCUAAUUUUGUCCAAGGUGAUUGUUCAUACUGAUCAUUCUGCACUUAAAUGUCUGCUUGCUAAAAAAGAUACCAAACCUAGGUUGUUGAGAUGGAUUUUGUUGCUGCAAGAGUUUGACUUAGAAAUUAAGGAUAGAAAAGGUGUAGAAAAUUCUAUUGCUGAUCAUUUGUCCAGGUUAGAUGAGGUGCAUGUGGAAUGUGGGGAUGAUCAACUUUUGCUUGAUGAGUUUCCAGAUGAGCAAUUGUGUUUAGUUUCUUUGUGUGCUUUGUCUUCUUUACCUUGGUAUGCAGAUUUUGUUAAUUAUCUUGUGAGUAAUGUCUUACCUCCUAACUUAUCUUUUCAACAGAAAAAGAAGUUCUUUUCUGAUAGUAAACAUUAUUUGUGGGAGGAACCAUUUCUUUACAAGAUAUGUGGCGAUGGAAUGAUUCGGUGUUGUGUACCACAAGUAGAGGUAGAUGCAAUUUUGAGUUUUUGUCAUGACAAAGAAGCUGGUGUUCAUUUUGGUGCCUCCAAAACAGCAUCUAAUGUUUUGCAAUGUGGAUUUUAUUGGCCUUCUUUAUUUAAAGAUGCUUGUGCUUAUGUGAAUGCAUGUGACCAAUGCCAAAGAACGGGUAAUAUUUCUAGGAGACAUGAAAUGCCUUUGACUAAUAUUUUGGUGUGUGACAUAUUUGAUGUUUGGGGCAUAGAUUUCAUGGGUCCUUUUCCUUCAUCUUUUGGCAAAGCAUAUAUUCUUGUUGCGGUAGAUUAUGUGAGUAAAUGGGUAAAGGUUGUUGCAUGUUUUACUAAUGAUGCUAGGGUGGUGGUUAAAUUUUUGAAGAGUAAUAUUUUCACUAGAUUUGGCACACCUAGGGCUGUUAUUAGUGAUGGAGGUAAACACUUCUGUAAUAGGCAAUUUGAAAAUUUACUAGCUAAAUAUGGUGUUACCCAUAAAAUUGCUACUCCAUAUCACCCUCAAACAAGUGGACAAGUUGAGGUGUCUAAUAGGGAAUUGAAAAGAAUUUUGGAAAAAACAGUUAACUUGUCUAGGAAAGAUUGGUCACUCAAAUUAGAUGAUGCACUUUGGGCUUAUAGGAUAGCUUACAAAACUCCGAUAGGUAUGUCUCCUUAUAGGUUAGUUUUUGGUAAGGCUUGUCAUCUUCCUAUGGAACUUGAGCAUAAAGCAUAUUGGGCUAUUAAAUACUUGAAUUUUGAUUUGAAAGAUGCAGGUAAGUUGAGAUCCCGAUGGAGUGGUCCUUUUGUGGUGACUAAGGUUUUCCCUUAUGGAGUUGUUGAAAUUUCACAUGUUACUAAGGGAACGUUUAAGGUAAAUGGCCAAAGGUUGAAAAUUUAUGUUGAAGGUGGUAAUUUUCCAGCAUUUAAUUCCACCAUUUUAUUGAAAGACCCUUGAUCAUUUUGCAGUGAUAGUCAAGCUAAUGACUGUAAAGAAGCGCUUAAUGGGAGGCAACCCAUCAUCAAAAAAAAAAAAUUUGUUAUUUGACAUUUUUCUGUUUUGCAUUGAGUUAUUUAAUUCUUUUAUUCAUUUUUUUUUUAAGUUUGUUCUUUGACAUUUUUUUUUAUUCAAUUCUUUUAUUCAUUUUCUUUUUUCUAAUUUUGGCUGGGUUAGCUUUUUAUUACCCUUUUUGCAACAGUUUAGACAACUAUAACAAGAACUUUUGGCUCUAGAGGAACACACUGCAUGUCUAUAAUAGGAAGAGCAAGAUAGGGGAGUAUUGUCUUUCUUCUCUUAUUUAAUUUUUUUACAUUGAGGACAAUGUUAAUUUUAAGUUUGGGGGAGGAUAUUUUUUGUGUUCUUGCUUUUGUUGUGGUUUGAAGUGAUAGAAUAUUGGAUGCAUGUGUGCGAGUUUAAGUUUCCAGCAUGGUAUGAAUAU